AUGGUGGUCUUUACAGUAACAUCUGAAGUGGCGCUGUCCUGCCCCCCCAGCGUGGUCCACUCCCCUUACCUGGGGAAGGCUCUGCUCCGUGGGCUCCACCCACUCUGCAGAGAGCCCCUGGGAUGGUCCCUCAGAGAUUGGAGCAGGCUGAAGACAUGGGCGCCAGGCAGGAGCUCAUGUCUCACAGACAAUUCCUCUGCAGGGCUCUGUGUUGGUCAAGGAGACAUAAGAAAUGAGUCACUUCCCAGGCCCUCCAUCAGUGCCUGGCCCAGCUCGGUGGUUCCUGCCAACAGCCAAGUGGCACUGCGAUGCUCAGCUCCUACCAAGGAUGGAAACUUUGUUCUCAGAAAGAACGGACGUCCUGUGAGGUCCAUGCCAUCUCCUGACUCCCCAGGGGGCCUGGCUGAGUUUCACCUCGCUGAUCUAAAAACCAGUAAUGCUGAAGAGUACGCCUGUGAAUACUACCGAAGAGGGAGUCCCCACAUACGGUCACCGCCCAGUGAUGUCCUUUUACUACUAGUGACAGGAGACUUCCAGAAACCUUCCAUCCAAGCCCACAAAAGGGGUAAGGUGACCGCAGGAGAAAAGGUGACCCUGAAGUGCCAAGCGCCAGAGUAUUUGACUGGGUCUAUAACGUUUGCUCUACUGAAGAAAGGAACUUCAACACCCAUACAGCUCCAGAGUCCAGCAGGAAAGGAGACAGACUUCUCCCUUCACAAUGUGACAGUCGGUGACACUGGGAACUACAGCUGUGUGUACUUCCAGACCAGGGCUCCUUUCUGGGCCUCAGAGCCCAGUGAUCACCUUGCGAUCUGGGUGACAGGUAUUCUGCAAGAUUUUGAGGACUUUUAA